AAAUUGAGAAACAUACUAUUAAAAAAUUAACCUAUAGAUACAUAAAUAGAUGAAAAGAUCAUAAGAAUCAGUUUCUACAGCAAGAACUAAGAAACAAAGGAAACAAAGGAAAAACAGGUUUUGAAGAUGUUGAAAAGAGAGAAAUACCUUUUGAUGAUCUUUGUCAUCAUUCUUCCUUUUUUCUGUGUUUGUGUUGAUGGUAAGCACUUUGUGCUGGUGCAUGGAGCUCUUCAUGGUGCAUGGUGUUGGUAUAAGGUGGCUCAUCAACUCAAAUCAGAGGGUCACAAUGUGACAACUCUAGACAUGGCUGCAUGUGGUGUGAAUACAGAGAAGAUUGAAGAAGUUGAUUCAGUUUCAGAAUAUCAUAAGCCUCUCAUCACAUUCUUGGCCUCUCUUCCUCCACAGGAAAAGGUUAUUCUUGUAGGUCACAGUCUUGGAGGGCUCUCAGUGUCCAUUGCCAUGGAAAAAUACCCUAAAAAAAUCUCUGUUGCAGUUUUCAUCUCUGCAGCUGUUGUCACUCAGAACCUCACCUUCCUUGCUUUUCUUCAAGAGGCAAAUAGAAGAUUGGGCAAUGAUUUGGAGGAACAAUACUUCAUAUUGGAUGGAAACAGAGCUCCAAUCCUCUCGUCAAUUGGAGUUGAAUUUUUUAGAUCUAGAUUGUACCAACUAUCAACAACCGAGGAUCUAACACUUGCUAUAUCUGUGGUGAGGCCUUUACCACCCUUUCUGAGUGAUGUAAAAUUAUUGGCAAAACAAAGUGCAGUAAGCAAGAAGAGGAAUGGAAGGGUUUCUAAAGUCUUCAUCAUUUCUGAAAAAGAUAAUUUGAUACCAGAAAACUUUCAAAGGUGGAUAAUUCAGAACACUGGUCCAUAUGCUGAUGUCAAAAAGAUAAAGAAUUCGGACCAUAUGGUCAUGUUUUCAAAACCAAAAGAGCUUGCUUUGGAAGUGUUAAAGAUUGCUUACAAAUUUUAAGUUCAAUAUGGUAAUGUAGUGUGCAUCAUAAAAUAAAGAAAUGUAAACAAAGACAUGUUUAUUGGACCAUUAUCAUAAACAUAUAAGUAAAGUUUGCACCUACUUGUAUACUAUAAUCUGAUAACAGGUGA